AUGAAUAUCCUGUAUCCUAACUCUGGGUGCCGGAACCUUCCAGGGACCAGAGAGGAUGAUGAUGAUGAUGCUGAUGAUUAUGAGAACAUGGCGCCAUCCUACAAGGCCCUUCCUCCCAAGCCAGCUUCAGUGGCUCCACCAAGGCCUCCACGGGCAGGAAUACAAGCAGAAACUCCUCCACUUUCCAGAAAGCCCCUGAAAACCACAGGCCUGGACCUCAUCCCUGUCACCCGCACAUCUCAACUGGGAAUUGCUCUCGAGGUUCCUCCAUUCCAGCCACCGCAAGUCAGUUUAAGGAUCCUUUCCGCACACUCUCAAGCACCAGUAUCGGUCUCUCAGUCCUCAUUCUCACCCCCAGCAACCCCAGUGCCCUGGAUCAGUCAGAAAUCUGGGGGUCCUGGGUGCUUCCAGGAGGAGAGACGGCUGGUUUUCUUGUGUCUUCUGGUGGUGGUGUCACUCUUCCUGGGCUGCACUGGUCUGGCUGUAACCCUGAUUAAGUACCAGGCGGUGGUGGAAGAACUGAAGAUGUUAACCGUUCAGCAGAUGGCAUGGCAAGCAAAUGUGACUGGCAUGGCGGGGCUUGCUGGCCUGAAGAAGGACAUUGACCGAGUAAGAGCUAACACCAACCAGUCUCUGAUGGAACUCCGGGGCUUAUUAGACUGUGCCAGGGUCACCUGCCCUGAGGGCUGGCUCCCUUUUCAGGGCAAGUGUUACUACUUCUCCCCCAACACCAAGUCAUGGGAUGAAGCCCGAAAGUUCUGCCAAGAGAAUUACUCUCACUUGGUCAUCAUCAGUAGCAUUGAUGAGCAGAACUUUGUGGUCAAGGCUCACGGCUCUCCACGGGUGCACUGGCUGGGACUGAGUGACAGGGAACACGAAGGGGACUGGAAGUGGCUGGAUGGGUCGCCUGUCACUUUGAGCUUCUGGGAACCAGAGGAACCUAACAACCUGAAUGAUGAGGACUGUGUCAGCAUGACCAAACAAGGCACCUGGAAUGACCUCUCUUGCAACAAAGCUACGUAUUGGAUUUGUGAGCGGAAAUGCUCCUGUUGA